UACGAGCACGAGGCGCUCUCCCACAUCAUGGAGGCGAUGUGCACGGUCGAACAGCUGAACGCGCUGGCGUUGAUGUCGGCGGAGCUGGUCAGCCGGCGUCUCCAGCCGAUCGAGGGCGCGCGCGCAUGCGGCGGCAUCGCUGACUACAGCGCGGCGGAGCACUACAUGGGCUGCUCGACCAGGCGGUCCGGGGCCGUUCGCGGGGAGGCAGCCGUGGCCAAGGAGAUGAGGAAGGCCAAGGAGGAGCAGCGCCUGCGCAAGCGGAACCCAAACAAGAAGAAGGACGACGACAACGGAAAUGGCUAA